UCGCAGAAUACUUGUUUUACAAAAAAGAUUAUAACGUUCUUUUUCUAUUUCAAUAAAAUAUAAGCAAUGUUAAAAAAUAGUUUUAAAUUACUUUACUCUUAAAAAUAAUAUCAUAUAACAAAUUUCGUUUCAAAAAAUUAAAAAACAUGUUUAAAAAAAUUAUAUUAUAUGAGAUUUUCUUAUUUUGGCAAUUAAUUCAAGUUUUAGAUGUAUAUUGUGAUCCUCAAAGUGAAGAUUUUAAGAAAUACAUGAUUAACUCAUUAAACCACAUUCGUGUUCAAAAUGGAUGGGCUUCAAUUCAUCAAUCAGAAAUUAAACUUGAGCACUUAACAAUUAAUACCGAAACCGUAACAAGUGAAAUUAUCGAUGAAAGUAACUUUAUACAAAAACUCUACUAUAUAACUUACCUAUUAAAUUGUGAAUAUACCAAUGUAAUGCAAACUUUCAAUGUAAUGUUAAGCCUUAUUUUAAAAAAGUGUGAAGUUAAAUAUUUAAAUAAACAAUAUGAUCAAUUGGGAUAUUGCACUAGGCAAAUAAUUUAUAUUGUUAAAUAUUCAACAGAUAUGUUUAAAAAACUGCGGACAGCGGCUAAAUACCUCGACAAAAUCGACCUACGAAUUAUAGACUCACCUAUUUUUAAUAUUAAAACUGUAGAUAAUGAAAUAAAUUAUUUUUACAUAUAUGCAAAGGAUUUAAAAUAUCCGUUAAAUACAAUAUAUAGUUCUAUUGUUAAUAGUUUUGAAAGCAUAACAUAUUUUAAUAAAAAAGCAGAAUUAAUGAUAUCAAAUCUAUACAAUAAAAGAAAAGUGUGUGGGACAGAACACAAAAGUUCUAUUUUAGCCGAUUUAUUGAUGAAAUAUAACAUCGAUCAAAUGGAAAAACUGAUCGAGGACUCCGACGAUUAUAUUAAUAUUAUUAAUAAAGAUCUUGAAUUAUAUUUUUCCGAAAUAAUUGAAAAUUGUUAUUUAAAUCUAGGCUUUGAACAACUACAAGGAACAUAUUCAUUCAAGUAUAUUCAUUCUAAAACUAAAAUGUACGACGUUUUUGAUGGUAUUGUAUUGUGUAAUCAUUUUAUUUCUCACCCUGGUUGGAUGUCAUUGGAACAUAUAUUUGUUAAAACUGAAUAUACAAACGAAAAAUCACUAUAUUUCAAAGAUAUUAUAUGUACCGUUGAUAAGGACAAUUAUUAUUUCGUGCGGUCAUGUCUUUCACUUAUUUUAAGAUGGCGCUACAUUGAAAUAUUUCGUGAUUUUAAUAUAAUGUUAGGAUACAUAGUUUAUGUUUGUAAAUAUGAAAAUAAAAUUAAUUGCGCGNUAUAG